AUGCUAAAUUAAUAAUAAAAAAUAAGAAGAACCAUUGAAAAUAAUCAGAAUUUUAUAUAGUAAAACUAAAGUCAAAAAUUACAAAUUAAAACUCUAUAAGACAAUUAUUUUAAAAUUUGUUUAAGUACUAAACUAGAAUAAUUGAAACUAGAAUCACUAAUCACUUUUACAUUAGAAAAUUUUGCUCUUUAUUGCAAAUAGAUUAGAAGAAAGCUAACAAUGCAAAAAAUUUAAGUAGCUUCUGCAUUUAAACUUGAUAUAAAGAAUGAUUCAAUUACACUAUAAACUAUGGAACAUCCAAUUAUAGCAUCCCCUCAUUAGAAUUUAAUUUUAAAUCCUUAGUUUAUAAAUCAAAUGUAUUUAUUUGAAAAUUUAACAUAUGAAUCGGAUACUUAUUUAGAUAGUUUAUUUUUUGAUGAAUUAUUACUAACAUUAUUAUUUUGGUAAAUACUUGUAAAUUUAAGAAAAUUAUCUGAUUUAGAUUUUUAUGACAUUUAUAUUUAUCCUAAUCGAUGUAAUUUUUACAUUAUCAAGAAUGAUAUUACACCUUUUUUCUAAACUGAAUAAUUGAAAAUGAUGAACAUUUUAUUAAAUUCCUAAACUAUCUAAUUAAAAAAAGAUGAUUUGGAAAUUAAUUAAGAAUAUUAGAUUUAAUUAUUUGAUAUUCAUCCUCCCGAUAAGAUUGUAAGUAGAGGAACCAUAAUUCCUAUAAUAAAUAUAAAUUAAUAAGAAUAAUAAAGUAUUGAAUAAGAUUAGGAAAUCCUCAAAUAUUUAAAUUUUGAUUAGAUUACUAUAACAUCGAAACCAUAUUAUUUAAUAUUCAGUACUUUAUGUGAGCAAGACUAGAAAGAUGAAUUUAAGCACAUAAUUGAUUUUAGUAAUUCAGAAUAUCCAAAAUGUAAAAAAUGUAAUCUGAUUAUAUAUCCUGAUGAUUUUGAUACAUUGUAUACGAAAAAAGGUUUAUUAGAUAUUUGGGAGAAAGGUUAAAUUUGUCUAAAAUAGCAAGCAUAAUUUGUGAGUCCAUUGUUUUUUCUACUGGGAAAAUAAAAUUUUAAAUUAAAAAUGGACAAAGAUAAAGAAAAUUUGUUUGCAUAGUUUUAUUAUAAAAAUGAAGAAGGUAGGGAAAAAAUAAAUGAAAAAGCGUAAUCAGAUUUGAAUUAGUAUGAAAAUACAAAAGAUAAAAAAGAAUUGUAAUUGUUAUUUAAAAAACUUAUAGCAAAGCAGCCAUAAUUAAAUUCAAAUCUAGAAUAAAAGUUACAUUAUUAAGUAACUGAAAGUUUAGAAGGAGAUGAUGAAGAUUAUAAUAAUGAUGAAGGAUUUAGGAAUACAUAGAAUAAAUAAAGUUUUAUUUAUUAAACCAAAUUUAAUUGA